AUGUACUUUGUCUCCAUCAUAAUAUCUUUGUUAUUAUCAAUACUACUAUCCACACCCGUAAAAGGUGCUCAGAUCAAGACUCAUGAGUGUCCAAAUGUCAACAGCUCUGAUAUUUAUAUGAAUUUGCCCUUUCUCGACGCUUAUUAUGAUCCAGAUGAUACCGGUCUAAUAUAUUAUAAAGUCCAUGCCCAUCUUAUGGCUAACAAGAUGAUACAAAAUAUUUCAGAUAUAAAUAGUACCACCAACAAAUACACCACCUUCCAUGUCGAAAUCGACUACCCAAAUGGUGACCAAUUCAGUCAGUAUCUUCGACUUUGUCAACAUUUGGUACCCGUGAACCCUCCUACACACCCUAUGAACCAUUCAAUGAACCAUUCUAUAAACCACACUAUGCAACCAGAGUAUAAUGAACAGGCUCCCAACUUCACAUACUUAUACGAUUUAAUACAGCAAAACCCUGACAGUGCUAUACAAGAUUCCGUCACUUCCAAUCCAACAGUGUGUCCAAUUGUUCCUAAUGAACCAGUGGAUCUCACCUACAUUCAGAAUGCCUCUCGUCUUUCUGCUCUCACCUCAUUUUCUAUCAGAUUCUCAGUAAUAUCAAAUCUUGAAAACUCGACGGUCAUAGGGUGUUCUGAAUCCUAUAUAACCCCAGAACUCACGUCUUCUGUAUAUAUACCAAUGGCGGUUAUUGUCCCCGUCGCAUACGUGACCAUAGUGAUUGUUAACCUAAUAGGUGAAUACUUUAGUCCUUAUAAAGAGUCCCGGAUGAAUUGUUUCUUAAACAAGGUUUCGGCGAUUUGCAACAAGCCUUAUCUAAAUCAUCUAAACCCUUCAGCCGCCGAUUUUAUACAGUAUAUCCAAUUCGCUUUUUUCAACGGAGGUCUAAAUUUGCUAUACCCAGGAUACUAUCAGCCUUUCAUUAGUCUUAUUAACUGGUGUGCACUAAUGUCUAUUGAUUUAGCUGAUCUUCACAUUAAUUAUGAAUCCAAUGUUGAUAGUCAUUUAUAUUUGGACUACUAUAAGGAUGGGUUAAGUGGUAUUACGAUCUUCACUAGUGAUCAGCUUAAAGGGUAUGGGUGGCGGUGUUUCAUGGUGUGGUCAGCAAUAGUAGUAGUACUUGAAAUAUUACUUUGUUUGACUGUAACGCUGAUAUGCUGGAUUUACCACAAACGAAACCAAAAAGACGGUUGGUUUUUCAACCAAUUUUGGUCAAAGACUUUAUACUUUAUGAUUGGAAAAAUCCUUUACGUUUAUUAUUCGCUAUUUGCCUUACCAUUUUUGGUGCUUUCGCUAUAUCAAUUCUUUUCCUUUUUCCAUGACGGAAGACACUUUGAACACCUUCAAGUAUUUUCGUCGAUCUUUGGAUUCAUUCUUGUGCUUGUCUGGGUCACAGGGUUAGUGUGGUUCCUCAUGAGAUUUGUGGUUAAUGUCAAACAGUUUUUUGUGCCACGGCCCUAUCGUUUGCAACAGAAACACAAUGAAAUUUAUGAUUAUACCAAUGGAAUCACUAAACAAUCGAAAAAAUUGUUCACCUCAGUUAACAAUAUCAAUAUGUUUAGUUUUAUCUAUUAUGAAUAUCGCCCAGACAGGUUACAUUAUAUCUUUUAUGAAUAUUUAUUGAUGUUUAUUAGAGCAGUGGUCAUUUCCUGUAUCCAAAAUUCUGGGAUUGCCCAAGUUAUCAUAAUAAUUGUCCUCGAGGUGGUGGCGUUGCUUUUAGUACUUAUCUGCAAUCCAUAUUAUUCAUCAUCAUCUGUAUCAUCUUACAAGUCACUGGGGAAAAUCUUCAAUAAAAAAUUUAUCAAUGCGAUUAUGAUUUCCGUUGCCAGGGUUGUGGUGGUGUUCUUGAAUAUCCCAUUCAUUGAAACUUUGGAUUUCUCUGAAAGAAGUCGGUCAUAUGUCGGAUAUGUUCAACUUUCCAUCCAUGGACUAAUCGUUAUCUACUUUUGUAUUGCCAUAAUAACCACGCUCAUUGAAAUCUUGGUAUCUCGUCGCAGAAGCUCGGCUACAAGGAAAGCCGAUAAUAGCCAAGUUUACCAAACUAUGGCUGGUAAAUAUAUUGCAGGAAGCAGACAAAGUAUCGGUACAAGGCUGAGCAACGUGGAGGUUACCGGAGGUAGUACAACUCUUAUUGGUGAUUCAAAAUAUAAUUCGAGGGCGAUGUCUAGGCAAAGUGGAAGCUUUGUUGACGGAUCAUUGCUUGAUUCGCCUACUUUCUACCGCAACACAACCAAGUACUCUUUGGAAAUCGAGGCCCCCUCUCCACUGGCAGGAAAUUUCGUCAAUAACAACGAUAAUGACUCUUCAUUAGAAUUGUUUGAGAAUUAUAAUGAUGAUCCUUAUCCUCCAAAAAAGAAUGUCGAUUAUUCUGUUCGUGAGGCCGAUUUCUACAGAAAUGGUUUUAGCACAGGGUACCAUGGUUCUACUAGCGAAGAAGAACCAGAGCUGGAAAUCCAAAAUAUUUGGAACAAAAGAGAUGGUAACCUGAAUGCUGUUAAUCCGAUGAAAAGUGUGGAUGGUUCUGACAUGGACUUUUCGUCAGUGAACCAAAGCAACCUUGUGAAAAACGUGAAAUCUUUUUUCAAAGGAUUCGGAGGAACUUUUUGGCACAAUUCUCACGAAAAAAUUCCACAAGAGUCUGGGUUCCAGGUUAACAGGCCCCGUCAAAUUGUGGUUCGAAGUUCGGAAGAUGCUGAAAAGGUGCAUACACCAAAUGGAAGUAAAGUGCAAGAUAUAGAAGAUGAUGCUAGUGCCGAGGACAACGAUAUCUUUGAAGGAUAUUCUGGCAUAGCCAAUCCUGCCAAUCCAUCAUCAUAUAUCAGUUUGACAAGAAAUUCUUCUAGAGGAAGAUUACUUCAAAACAAAGGAUACCAUAGAACCAUUCACGAGGUUCCAGAAGAGUCUAUGCAUGAUUAA